UAUGAAGAUCGAUUCCAUCUGGUGUUUAAAAACAUUUUAUUUUUUAUUUUUGAUCAAGAUAUAUAAGUUCAGGCUAAAGUUUUUUGUCUCCCAUAUUUCUUGAUUUCAUCAUUUUGGAACUUAUUCUGCAGACGAUCAGAUAGAAAGCCAAAAGUAUGCCCGACUCUCCUACUUACAACCCCGAUUCAGAGGCAGAAGAACAAGAAUCUAUUGAAAUACCGAAUUCUGAGGGUGCAAGGAAGUCGAAGCUCGGGACUCUCGGAGAAACAAUUUGCUUUCCUUACGAAGAUCUGAAGACCACAUGGGAUGCAGUUUUCAGAGGACACAAACUCUCAGGAAAUGGCCAGUGCUUCGGUUGGAGGAAUUUCAAAUCCAGUUAUCAUUGGAUCACUUAUGAAGAAUUCAUAAGAAAAGCAGAAAAAUUUGCGUCAGGCCUUAUAAAAAUUGGAUUAAAUCCUUGUUCAUCAUCAAAUAUUGGAAUUUAUGCUCAAAAUGGAAUGGAAUGGGUGGUGGCGCAAUAUGGAGUUUGGAGAAAUUCUUCUGUAGUUGUUCCUUUAUAUGACACACUUGGACCAGAUGCUUGUACUAUUAUAAUAAAACAAGCUGAAAUUAAGAUCGUCAUCUGUGACAAUGAGAAUAAAGUAAGAAAUCUUAUUAAGAGAAGAAAAGAAACACCCUCUUUGAAACAUAUUAUAACAACCAUUGUUCUGGAUCAAGAAAUCAAUAAACUUGCAGCCGAAAACGACAUUAGGUUGCACACUUUCAAGGAAAUCGAGAAUUUGGGCGAAAAAUGUUGCACAACAUCAUUGCUUCCGCAGAGCUCUGAUGUUGCUAUGAUAUGUUACACAAGCGGAACUACAGGUUUACCUAAAGGAGCUCUAAUAACACAUGAGAAUCUCAUUUCAGUUUGUUGCGCUCUAAAUUUAUAUCUAGGAAAAUCGGCUAUAACAAAAGAAGACACUACUAUAUCUUAUUUACCACCGGCUCAUAUAUUCUGCCAAUUUAUUCAUGUUUUAUUCCUUAUGGUUGGGGCACGCAUUGGUUUCUUCAGCGGGGACAUCAGUCAGUUGUUGGAUGAUACAAGAAUUUUGCAGCCAACAGUUAUAACAGCAGUGCCAAGAUUAUUGAACAAGUGGUAUGAUAAAGCCCAAUGUUUACUUCAAAGCAAAUUAAACAUAAGGGUACAUGAUGAAAAUUUCUUAUUGGAAGACGAAGAAAGAUCUGUUUACAAGCCUUUUCUUGAUAACCUCGGAGAGAAUCUUCGCCUCAUUAUAACCGGUGCAGCUCCAAUUUAUAGCAACGUUGUUGAAUUCUACAUAAAAUUUGUAGGCUGCAAGGUUUUAGAGUUAUACGGGCAAACUGAAUGUGCUGGUCCAUGCACCGGAAUUUUACUAGAUUCCACUUACGAUGGUUGCGCAGGCGCACCUAUUCCAUGUUGUAUGAUUAAACUUGUAGAUGUUCCUGAUAUGGACUUCUUUUCGAGGAACUCGAAAGGCGAGGUGUGUGUCAAAGGUCCUUGCGUGUUUAAAGGUUAUUUAAAGGAUCCAGAGAAAACUGCGGAAGCUGUGGAUAAGGAUGGCUGGCUACACGUGGGAGACAUUGGAAUGUGGUUACCUAAUGGUACACUGAAAAUAAUUGACAGAAAAAAGAAUAUUUUGAAGCUUGCCCAAGGAUUAUAUGUCGCUCCCGAAAAGAUCGAAAGUAUUUAUUCCCUUAGCCAGUUCGUCUCGCAGGUUUAUGUGCAUGGAGAGAGCCUAAAGAGCUUUUUGGUCGCCAUCGUCAUCCCUGAUAAAGAAAUAGUAAUGCCGUGGUGCAAAGAAAAUUUAAAAUGCGAUACAUGGAAUGAAAUUUGCAACCAUCCCGUAAAAGUCAUAUACUGCCAUCCGGAAGUUUUGACAUUUGAAGCUGGGUUUCUUACUCCGACAUUAAAAAUGAAGCGAGAUUUUUGCAGGAAGUAUUUUGCAAAAGAGAUCGAAACUUUGUAUAGCAAUUAUAACGAAUACAUUUAAAAUCUGCUGUAUAAACAUUCAGUUGUAAA